AUGGCAGCUAACCAACAAGUCACCCCUCUUCGCCCAUCCAUCCGCCUCUCCCCCGCUCAUUCCCGAGACAACUCACGAUCUACUUCCCCGGAACGAAUUCCUGGAUCGUUAUAUCCCAAGACCGACCCUCUACUCAGUAAUCUCUCUCCCGAAUCGACCCUACAUGCCCUCACCUCCACUGAAGCCGUGCCGGCCAACGGGAACUUCUCACACCUCCUAUCACGAAGUAUCUCGCAAGUCUCGCCUGCUGAACGCGCCCUGGGCAUCCGUGCUGCCAUAGCGGCCCGUAACCUUAAUCUUUGGCACAAGGAGGUGCAGGCGUGGGCGUGGCCGAAAGUCAACGAGGCCGCGGCUGGAAAGGGCUUCAUGCCUCCGGCAUCAUCCCUUGUUGAGCCGAGCUCCCCAUUGACCGAUACUGGCAUCAUAUAUUAUGGCAGCUUGCCAGCUGAAGUGGUGGAGGAAUACGAGAAGAGAAUCGAAGAGAUCCGCGACGGAAUGGAUAGCUUGGAUGUGGACGAAUUAAAGGAACACGUUCUUAACGCCCACAUUCCAUCCCGGUCUCGCCCUUCCUCCUCGACCAGCACCGUGUCUGUGCCCCCUCCGCUCAGCUAUGUACAGCUCAGUGACUUUACCGCCAUCGUUACUGCCACAAUCCUACGCGCCCUGCCCUAUCUGGCGCGAUUGAACCAUCUAUUGACCAUCUGGGAGGUUCGCCUUUUAGUUUUACGCCACAUCCCAGGUCUUCUAAGAGAGUUACGGUCAACGAGAAUCGCUUUGAAUACUUCCAGCAGCUCAAUUCAGUCAUCAAACGCUUCCGAAGACGUUGAGGCCCGAUUUUCAAGCUCUUAUCUACGCGAUCAACAUGUCCAACUCGAGUCCGCAGUCAUUGCUGUGGGGAAACGGGUGGACCGUGCUCUCGAUGCGUUGGAAGGUCGAAAUGAUUCUUUGCCUGAACAAUGGCUUGAUGAUCUAGAAAGUAUUGAGUCUGACUUCGCUGCAUGGGUGGUUGAAACGGAGCGAUACAAGCUUCGCACCGAAUGGCUUCGCGCGAAGGACCAGUCUACGUCAGCCGAAUUAUGUGAAGAAUCCAAGUCUUCGCCUGAAGAGGUCUUCGAGAAGAAAAACAAUGUUGAGCCAGUCAUAGCUCCCGUUGAAUCUGAGCCUGACCAAAUCGCUCCAAUGGAGACUCUCCGAGAGGAAGCUAGACUCUCAUUCCAACCCGCUCACUCUGCAAAUUGUCAUGUUCAGGAGCAGCCCGAUCAAAGUUCUACGCCAUCUGUAGAUAUAGGCCUAACGGUUGUGACCUCUGGCCCCGAGGCUUCACUCGGCAGUGUGCUCGAAUCAUGCCCUCGAACAGAGACCAGCGAAAAGCCUGAAAGUCGAUCAAAUCUUCUAGUUGCAGAAGACAUUGAAACCCCAACGCAAUUAACAUUUCUCCGAGGCCUGUCACUUGGAACACCAGAAGUCCAGUCGCCAUCUCGGAUUCCUUUGCCGGUGUCGCCUGAUGUGGAGAACAAAGAAAACAUCCCGCCGCAAGGUUUUGUGCCCCAGCAGUCAUCAUCCGUCCGAGAAUCCGGAGCUAAGCCGGCUGUCUUGGGCGAGCAUAAAGACGAGGAUGCAUUCGCCCAGAAGCCUGUUCCCCAUGUGCCUGAGAGCGAGCAGGAGUCCAGCACUGCUGAUACUGCUCCUCUAGCCCCAAGACAAGAAGCUCUGCUUGGAGGCGAGGGCCUCCAAUAUGAGGCAGGUCCGGACCUGAAGGAAGAAAUGAAUGAAGAUCUGACCAAGUCUGCGGAGCAUGUUUCAUAUGAUGCGAAUACUGUGACAACGGCCUUGCCGGUAGAAAAACCGACACAGUCCGCGACCGAUGAGGAAGAAAUGCCAACCAUGGAAACUCCAGCGACCCCGGCUGAACCAUCAAGAGAUACGAUCAAGGGUUCAUCAACAAAAUCCACACCCCAGCAACCUGGAAACACAAAGUCAAGGAUUCCUAAGCCACAGCCUGCUCGAGCGACAUCACCACCGGCGCCAAUCAAAGAGCAUGUCCCAGAACAGCAGGCUGCUUCCAAGAAGAAGCCAUUACAAAGCCCGAUCAAGCUAUCCAAGUCCCGCCAAGGAAUCUCAAGCCACGAGAAGGGCUCCCCGAAGCCUCGCUCUCGUCGGCCAUCGACAGGAUCUGUGGGCUCUUUUCUGUCAGACAGCUCUCUUGCUAGUCCUCGUCCAACCGAGCCACACACCGGAUCAUCAAAUGGGGAACUUCGCCGGGAAUUUACGAAGUCUGUCUCUCCACGUGGUGACUAUAUGCUUCGGGCAGACCGUCUUCGCCGACUCGAAAAUAUUAAAAUGUCUGCCAAUCCUGCUUUCCAACCAAGUCGCUCUGUGAGCCUGCCUCUUCAGCGGUUUAUAAACGAGAAGCUGGACUUGGACUUGAGUACUGAAUCAGUGCCUGAGAUUCCCGAGCGCUUCAAGUCGAAGAGCUCAGUCAUUUCAAGCAUUCCUGGCGUUUCUUCUACACCUAGUCAGAUUCCACAUGUUCCUAGGCGCCGUCCUGCUCUCGUGCGUGGAAAGUCCGCAUCGGACUUGAAAAACAGUGACACUUCAUCAAACCCGCCUGACCGCAGCCUGCCUGCUUUUGGUGGAAAUACCGCCCGGAGGGCCAUGCAGCAUCAAGACCAACCCAAAUCUGCGCGCUUGCGCCAGCGGCUGACCGCCCAUCCAAGCUUGGAGAGUCUUGGAGUCAAGAAGCAGGAACUUUCCUACGUUGAAGAGGACGAGUCAGAGCUCAUAGAUAGUGGUUCUCGAUCAUCAUCUCCGAACAAGCUGUCCAAGAAGCCUAGAGAUCAGCUUGAUGAAAAGAUCAAUUCUAUCCUCAGCACACUCCCUGGCCGCAUCCACCUCGUUGACCCUAGUAACGAGGCGGAUAGUUCAUCAUCCUCCUCAUCCAUGGAUCGAAAGAUGCGAGAACGAUACCUCUCCGAGUCACCACACGGCCCUCCUUCCCGGAGUUUCACUCCUGCUCCUUCUUUGACGCUUAUGCCUGCCGCCAGAAGGCGCUUGUCACAUGCGCAUAAGACUGAGGACAGCUACGUUAAGCUUUACCAUCUGCAUCACGGCGGCCAAACCGCACCCACCAAGUUAUUCGUUCGUACUGUCGGCGAAGACGGCCAACGAGUGAUGGUUCGAGUUGGUGGUGGUUGGGCAGAUCUUGGCGAAUAUCUCCGCGAAUACGUAGUCCAUCAUGGCCGUCGCAAGGUCUCCGAAACUCCUCGAGUCGAAGUGCAAGGUCUCCCAACUCGCUCGUCUCCUGGCUACUCUUCCGCUGCCAAUCUUCUUCCUCCCGCCGCUCCUUCCCUUAACUCUGGUCGUGCCACCCCAUCUCGACCCGCCUCCGUUCUCAGUGCUCGUCCACCAUCUUCUCUUACCGUGCGCAAAUCACGACGCGACUCCACCGCGUCGGAGGCCGUGGCUCCUAGAUCCGUGACGACAGGAAACCUCGGCUCCUUUACAUCACCCCCAUCCGCCGGAGCUCCAGGUCGUCGUCUUUCAAUGUCUUCCAGCUACUCAUUCGGAGAUCUCCAUUCUCCUGCUCAACUCCCUCUGCCAUCCCACGACAACUCAACACCCCUUGGUCUCGCCGGCCCUAAGCCUCGUUCGCGACAAAUCUCAAUGAGUCCCGAGGGCGAAGCCUGGGUCGAGAAUGUCCUCCAAAAAACCCGUCGAUCAACCUCUUUCAACCCUUCUCCCUUCGAUUCAAACCACUCGCCUGAGAUUGACGAAACCGACCACUAUGAUCUACCUCACCACGACCACACUGGUCGUUCUUUGCCCAAAGUACGAAGCAUCGGCGAUAUCAGUAUAGGUGGCACGGGCAGACGAGUCGUGCUUCGGGGUCUGGGCAACCACAGAUAA